AUGAUAAUAGCUAUGUCGAGACCAGCUAAAAUAUUUGCUAUAUUUGGACUUGUUAUUCUAGUUUCUGCCGCGGUAGUUAUAUGGAUUUACAAGCCAUGGUCAAACAGCAACGAUGGUAACAACAACAACGAGAAGAACAACGACCAAAAUACCAUCGACAAGGACACUAACAAAGAGACCAAUACCAAGGAGAUUAACAACGAGACCAAGAUCAACAAGAAGAGCAAAGAAAUAACUGACCAACCAAAAUCUGCUAUUGUUGAAGACACCAAAAAUCUCAGUGGAGAGAAACCUCUUAGUAAAAGUAACGACAAAGAGACACCAGUAAAGGAUGAAAUCCCAACACCAGUUGAGACAUUAAAACUGACUGAAAUAAAGAAUACAAUAAAGUCAUUUUAUGUUGAUGAAUAUAACCUAAUUGACAAUGAUACUAAAAUUAGAGAUGAUGCUCUAAAUGAUCGUUUUGAAGAUCUAAAUCAGGAAGCCAACCUACGCGAAAUUUGUCUUUUAGGAAUCAAACUAUUGCGCAAUUAUUUAAAAGAUCCAAAUAAUAAUACUAAUUAUUUAAACAUAACCGGUAAAAUUGUAGAUAAGGUUUUGACGCAAACUAAUAAUAUAAAUGCGGGUAAAACUUUUGGAACUGAUGAAGAAUGGGAACUAUAUAUCGUCGAUAUUCCCCAUUUAAUGGCCAUGUAUGAUUUACUUGUCGAAGACGAUAGUUCUAAUUCUACUAGGUUAACUCAAUGCUAUGAAUAUAUUAAAAAAGUUAUAAACUCUAACAUGGAACCAAUCUACUCCAGACCUACUCCAUCUAAGACUGAUUUUAUAAAAAUUGGUACACCUUAUUUGAUAACAAAUUACAAACGAUCACUUAAAGACGGAGACUAUAACAAUUUAUACAAACAAGCUAAAAACAAUGAUAAUUUAAAGUCAUUAAAUAAGUAUCUAUUGUAUGAUGACACUGAUACAGCAGUAAAUAAAAAAUAUGGUUUCUUGCGUAAAGAUGGCGGGGCCAUGUUGGAAAAUAAUACUGUCAACUACUCUAAGUACAUUGAAUUGAUUGAUAAAAUUAAAUAUCCAGACUUGUACGCUGCUGUUUAUGAAAAGCUUGAUGUUCUUGGAAAUUUAUACAAUUCAGCAAAGGUAAUUUUAAAUAAGGUAUUGCACAAAGAUGUAUUGUACUUUCCUUUCGGAUUGUUUAGCUUUGAAUGUGAAAUGUUGAAGAAGAAAUAUUAUUGGAAUUUCGGAAAUCCAAAAGGUAUCACAAUAAUGCCUUCUAUUGGCGUUGGGAUUUACAAAACUGAUAAAUUUAUGUUUUCUGUGCGGGUUCAAAAGAAAAAUAUUCCUAUUUGCUCUAUAGAAGAUUCAGAUGAAACAAAUAUUUAUUAUGCAAUGGGUGUGAUGCAACUACGUACCAUUCUCUUGGCUAAAAAGAACUAUGAGAAAGAUUAUUUGUACUUACAUGAUUGGGAAAUUUUGAAAAACGAACCCGGUAUCAUGGCUUUCUAUGAAGGUAUGAGCGAAUUUACGUAUCCGAUUUUGAAAGCAAAUGAAUCUAAUCUGUACUCAUCAAAAAUAGAUGAUAAUGAUGAUAAUUACAUUGGACAAAUACCAGAAGAUAAUUUAAUGUUUUGGAAAAAUUAUUAUGGAUUGUCAUUAACUGAGAAUGAUGUAGAAGUAAAAGAAUACGGUGUUGCACAUAAAAAUGGUAUUGUAAUAGAAUAUAGAAUCUCCACUAAUUAUAGUAAAUAUCAAAUCCAUUAUUAUUUUGAAAAUGAUUAUAAAGAAAAUUUUGAAACUCCAAUUACAAAUAUUGAUGGAGGAAUAAAUCCGCAAUCUGACCUGACUUAUUAUGAAUCGGAUAAUUCAACACAUAACUUUAAAUGGAGUAUGAUAUUGAAAAAUCAAUCUUCUGAUGUUGGUUUUCAAUGUGAUUUUGACACUUCCAAACAAACUGUGACCUGUGGGGCUAAAGAAUAUAAGAUUGAAAUUUUAGAUGAUCAUAAACAUUAUUUAGUUAAAAGUGGUAGCGAUGAUUAUUUAAUCGGAGCAGUUAGUGACGAAAGAGAACAGACCACAAACUAUAAUAGUCAAACUUGGACUCGUGAUGAAGAAACAUUAAUGUAUAAAAAAAGUUCAUCCAAAUGA